AUGAAUAAACUUGGUAUUCAAAUUGUUUUAUUUCUUUUAAGCAUAUCCGUAUGCGUGAAUACUGAAACCCUUGCAACUGAACCUGCUCCAAAAAAAAAUACAAAAUCCAUAUUAAAAAAAUUUAGAAAACCCAAACCAAAAAAACAUUAUCCUACACCAGAAGAAAUAUAUGAAAAAAACAAGCACUUAUUAUGUACCAAUCCCAAAGAAAUUAAAAAUGCAGAAAAACUUAUGAACGAUGCUUUAGAAGGUUUAAAAUAUCAUGCUACAAAUAAAUAUGGUUAUAAUUUCUUUGGAGCAAAUUAUCAUUAUAACACGAUUUCUUAUAAAAAAUUAUAUCACGAUUUUACAUGUGUUGAAAAAGUUGAAUAUACAAUUAAUGAUCCGAAUAAGUAUAAUAAAGUAAUAAGCAAGUUAUGGAAUCCCGAUGGUAAAUAUUUUUUAUAUAGAGGCUCGGUUAAAAGAAAAAUUGCCCGUGUGUACACUCCAAAUUUAGUAAUAAUACAGCAACGUUUCAAAAAACGGCCGUGGUCUCGUGAGAAAUAUUUUUAUGCUUUAGCUGCAGAAAUUAAAAUAUCAGAAGACAAAACUAUAAUUGUCAUGACUUCAGCAAAUAUAAAUGAUCACAACAGUAAAAAUAAGAAACCCUUUGAAAACACAUUAAUAAAAAGCGCAAAUUUAUUUAAAAUUGACAUUGAUUCUGAAGAUGAUAUUAGAAAAGGGAAAUUAAAAAAAGCAAUUGUUAACAUAGCUGGAUACAUCAUUAAAAAAGAAGACAAAUGUCUUGAUGUCACCCAUGUCGAAUCUAUUGAUCGCUUUGUUCCCAAUUUCCUAAACCGCAUUAUUUUAGGAGUUCCAAAAUGUCUUCCCCCUCAUAAAUAA